AUGGCACAUUUCACUUAUUUCAAAAGCCCGGAAUUUCUCCGAGUUUCGCUUCUCCUGUUCAUCAAUGUAGUUCACAGCAAAUGGCGACAAUAUGUUAACGAGGUCGUCCCGGCGCCUUAUCUCGAUGAGGUCUUCCAUGUUCCUCAAGUCCAAGCAUAUUGGUAUGGAAAAUGGUCGCAAUGGGAUCCGAAAAUCACCACUCCUCCGGGGCUUUAUGGCUUUUCUUACCUCAUUAAUUCUUUCCGGGGUUAUAUGGACCCGACAAUGAAGCCGACCACUGAUGAGUGGAGAUACGUCAAUGCUGUACUGCUCUACAUGGUUCUCAUCGUCUUGUAUAUUCUGGUGGCAGUAGGCAAGAGAACAGUUGUGUCGGACAAUGUGCUGCAGCGGGAGUUCAACAUCAUUCUGUUUCCACUACUAUUCUUCUUUUCGGCCUUAUUCUACACGGAUCUCUUCAGCGUCUUCACAGUUGUCCUCGCUCAGACAGUUUGGACGGCAGGAUUGUCUACUGAUGGCUGGAAGAAGUUCCUGUUCCAGACACUCCAUCUUGUGGCUGGCUUGUUGUCUCUUUCUGCCCGCCAGACCAAUAUCUUCUGGGUUGCUGUCUACCUGGGUGGAUUACAAGCGGUGGCCACCAUUAAGACGAAAGUCGGUGUUGAAAAACUCCAUGAUCCACCAAUUUCUCAAGCAUCUUUCCAAGACUUUUCGAUAACAAGCCUCUCGCUUGUACAAUCGGCUAUACCAAUUCUGCCUCGAAUCCUACUUGAUCUAUGGCCUCAGAUAUGCCUUCUUGGUUCAUUCGCCGGAUUCGUGACAUGGAAUGGUGGCGUAGUGCUAGGUGACAAAGGCAACCACAUCGCAACCAUUCACCUGACCCAAAUGCUGUAUAUCUGGCCAUUGAUCAUUUUCUUCUCAUGGCCGGUAAUAUUACCUCUAUUUUCCGACCUCGCGGCUUUGCGGCGCCGAUUGCCAAAGCUCAUCACCACCGCUACAGCUUUGGCGAUCAUGUUUAAUAUCGUUCACUUCAACACCAUUGUCCAUCCAUUCACCUUGGCCGACAAUCGCCACUAUGUGUUCUACGUCUUCGCUCUCUUGAGAAGACAUUGGAUUAUCAAAUAUGCGGUCAUUCCAGUUUACUACAUCUGUGGUUGGCUAGUUCUGACCGCUCUUGGUGGUGCUCCGGAAUCUCAACCCGACCAGAAGACUAUUCGAAUUCUUCACAGUGCCGAUACUGUCAGCGUGAGCGAUGUGUUGGUAUGGCUUCUUGCGACUUCUCUGUCCCUGGUAACUGCACCGCUUGUUGAGCCAAGGUACUUUAUCGUGCCUUGGCUUAUGUGGCGAUUAGCUGUUCCCGAACACCAGCCUCAGUCGAAGGCACAGCAAAAGUUUUCCCAGCUUGAGAAAGGUAAAAGCACAAGAGGAAAACAAGAUUCACAGUCUACUUUUGUUCUACAGACGGCAUUAACCACGUUGGCUGGGUAUUCGGCAUAUAUCGAGCUAGCGUGGUAUCUCACGAUUAAUAUCGUGACAGGCUACAUCUUCUUGUACAAAGGAUUUGAGUGGCCCCAGGAACCAGGAAAUGUUCAAAGGUUCAUGUGGUAA